GAUAAUUUAGGGUUAUGUGCAACUGCCACUGACAGAAAAGAUAGAAAUUUUAAAAAGAACUUAUGUUUACUACUUUUUUAAAAAAGUAUAAAUUAAAAUGAGUAAUAAAAGUGAAAUAAUUCGAAAAGAAAAGGUAGUACAAUCUAUAGUGAUCGCAGAUACAUUUACUGAUGAAUUUGUCCCCAUAUCAGACAAUAUUCCCCAUGCUCUCUUACCUAUUCUAAACAAACCAUUGGUAGACUAUACAUUAGAAUUUUUAUCACUUGGUGGUAUUGAAGAAGUAUUUUUAUUUUGUUCUGUCCAUAGUGAUGAAAUAAAGCAGCACGUUGACAAAUGUAUAAAAAAUGGAGAUGGUUGGACUUUAACAAUGAAAGUAAAUGUAACAGUAUCUGAAUCUUGUCAGUCCUUUGGUGAUUGUCUUAGAGAUUUGGAUGCUAGAGGAUUAUUGCGAGGUGAAUUUGUUUUAUUAGAACCAGGUGUUCUAUCUAAUGUACCAUUAUUGUCACUCUUGGAGAAACAUAGUGAAAUAGUUAAAGCUGAUAAAUAUGCAGCUAUGACUUUAAUUUUACAAGAAUCAGGAAUUGGGCAUAGAGGAAGAGGUUUAGAAGAUAUUUUACUGGCUACAGAUUCUCUCAAUAGAGUGCUCUUCUAUAAAAAUUUAGGAAGCAGAAAAACAAAAAAAAUAGAAUUUCCAAUGGACAUAUUUUUAGAAAACUCUAGCAUAUCCAUCCUACAUAAUUUAAAAGAUUCACAUAUUUCAAUAUGUUCUUCUUCUGUUCUUCCAUUGUUUAGUGAUAAUUUUGACUUCCAAACGAAAGAUGACUUAAUUAGGGGGCUUUUAAUGAACGAAGAAAUUUUAGAAGGUACAAUUUAUGCCCACGUAUUGCAAGGUAGCCUGUUUGGUGGAGCUGUAUCUUCUUGGAGAAUGUACCAAUCACUUAGUCAAGAAUUAAUGAAGAAGUGGAUUCAUCCUUUAACUGUCACACGUAAUAAGAAUAGAGUUUUGAAAAAUAAUGUGGUGAUUGGAGCUGGCACGACUAUUCCAAAUUCCGCAAAAAUAUCGAGAAGUAUACUCGGUGCCAGCGUAUCAAUUGGCCAUAACGUAACGGUGGAAGAUAGUUUUAUUUUUUCAGAUACAAAAAUCCAAGAUGAUGUCGUUAUAACGCAUUCUGUAAUAGCUUCGAAUUGUACAAUAAAAAGUGACAGCAAAAUUUCGCUUGGGAGCAUUAUAGGAACAAAUACUGUUCUUGAAAAUGGUACAGUUAUUGAAAAUGCUCUUGUGCAGAGUAAACAACCAGAUAAUGGUGAUGAAUAUGUUAAAUUAGGAAACAAAGCGUUCGAAUUGAAAGUUUCUUCUGAUGAUGACGGAGAUUCUGUUCUGUCGACUACCAGCAAAAAACCGUAUAGAUUGCACAUUACAGAUAUCGAAAGCGACGAUGAAGAAGAUGAUGAUUCCGAUGGGUUCAGUGAUAGCGAAGAAGAAUUGUCUUACACUCAAUCACCAGUACCAGACGACACUAAAUUAUUCUUUUCGGAAGUAAUCGACAGCCUUACCAGGGGUUUCGAUGAUAAUCUGUUAUGCGACAAUCUCAUUUUGGAAAUCAAUUCAUCACGAUACGCCUAUAAUGUAACAGUUAAAGAGGUGAAUUUCAACGUAGUAAAAGCUAUUUUGAGUAUGUCAUUAAGGGAGCCCAUUGGUGUGCAGUAUUUCUCUCAUUUAUCACGUUUACUAUCAUACUUUUCUCCUGUCCUGAAGAACUACAUACGUAACGAAGCCGCCAUGUUGGAUUGUCUACAAGCGUUAGAGGACGUAGCGACGUCUGGUGAGAGUUUUAAAGAGAAAUGGGUGAUUGCCAUCCUCCAGCAUAUGUACAACAAGGAUUAUCUGGCGGAAGACAUUAUUUUGGAAUGGUAUCGGAAUUUGGAUACUGAUGGAAAAUUUGUUGAACAUGUCAAACCUUUUGCUGAUUGGCUUCAGGAAGCCGAAGAGGCGUCCAGUGACGAUGAAGAUGAUGAUGACAGUGAUUAGUUGUUUAUUUAUUGCAUAGAGACUAAUAUUUUUUUGUUAAUUUGUUUCAAUAACUAAAUAAAAUUAAUCAUUUUACUUGUUUUCUUAGAUACUUGAAUGGCAUUCUUAAUAUUAGUUUUUCUUUGUUCUGUUUAGUAACUGUACUACAUAUCAUCGAUGUUGUUGAUGAGAAGCGUCAUGUUUAUUUAUUUUUUUUUGUGGUUUUUUACUCUCCUGUAUCCAGUAAGGAAAG